AAGGUAGGAUGCUCACUCCUAAAGAGCCUCCAACCACAUUGGGGAGAGAGUUUAUACACUCUCAUCCCAACUACAACCUUCUUUCCAGUGGAGCCAAAACCAUCAAGAAGUCCAACAUCAAAAAUCCAAGCUCCAUUUACUCCCAAAAUCUGAACCCCAAAGUCAUUUUUGCCAUCACCCCUACCAAGGCUGGGCAGAUCGACAAAGACAUAGACAUUUGCAUGGUAUCUACUAAUGAAGAAUUUAUACAGGGCUCCAACUCUGAGAACCAGGCCAUCUACAUUAAAGACAAAAGAGGCUCCAUUACCCCAUGGUCACAUGCAGCAUGGAUGGCCAGGACCUCUGUUCUAGACAACCCAGUCAAUUUCAGGCUUCCUAUACGCUGGGCUCCUACCAGCCAAACAAGAAAGGCAUGAUAUUAGGCAUAUGCACUAGUCAAGCCAAAUUUGGGGUUGUGUGUGAGGGAACUAACUUCCAUGGGGAGGCUCACUGCAAGGAGACCCACAGGAGCCUUCCCCUAGAGGCACAGCCCUUCUACAUCAUGGACAAGGUGGUCUGUCCUCAAUCUCCAGCUACCCAGACCACUAGCUCCCAGAAGGUUGAAUGUCCUAGCAAAGACCAAUCUUGGGCUACCAGAUCAAGUCCCUCCCAAACAUCUAAGGUCAGAGACAGGGAAAUCUCAAAGUCAGUCACAAGGAACAGCAAUGCAGACCUGGAAGAGAGGGGAAAGUCUAUAAAACCUGUGGCCACAAAAAUUGGACUGCUUAGUGGUCCUAUACCCCUGGAUCCAAUCUAUUUUGUUGGGCAAAAUAUUCUAACCAAACAGAAGGAAACCCACUGGCCCCCGACAGCACCAGACAAGGGUAAUCCUACAUCCUCCUGGGCCAUACUAUCAUCAGACAUCUCCAAGAGUUUAUCAAUGAAGGAGCCCAGCAAUUGUACCACAUAUGAUAGCCAAUACCAGGAAUCAUUCUCCUACAGUUCAAAUAAAGAGGAAGGGAACAUGGUCUCUUUCAGUGAGAUCAGUACGACAGAGAGUAUUUCUAAUAUAGCUGAAGUCUCCAGAAAAAACAGUACUGAGCCUGUCCUAACUGAUUCCCAACUCAUCAAGGAAUUAAUUGCACCUACAAUGACCAACAAUGUAGGUGAUAUCCAUUCUUCAAUGGAAAAUAAAAAUUCAUCUGUGCCUCUACCCACUCAUGUAGGUGUAUCAAGGGUGCCCAUUUCAUCAGAAAUCUAUGUCUAUACUGGAAAGGACGGGACAUCUCAGGUCAUGGCAAGCCAGAGUACUAACACUAAGUCGACUCAAAAUGUGGAUGGCAAGGUCAGCUAUGGAAAAUCCACUGCUAAGACUCUGCCCUUUACCACCUACUGCCGACCUGGUGUCACUUACAAGAUAUUGCCCAUGACUGAGGUGGAAAAGGGACCUCAUUGUGUAAAAUAUUCCCUCACAGAGUCAAGUGAAAACCAUUCAAUGGUCAAACACUAUGGGUCUUUCCAAGGUUCCCAUCAUGAGCUAGUCUCCACCGCUGAUUUCCAAGAGCGCCCCCCUGCCCAAAUGACCUCAAGCCACACAACAGCCUCCUACAAAAACUUGGCUGCUGUGGUGAUAGACACAGGAACAGGCUACAGCAAGUGUGGUUUGGCGGGGGAGGAUCGUACUCGGGCUAUAGUGCCUACCAGGGUGGGGAGGCACCUGAACUCUGAAGGGGACAAAACCCCCUACUAUAUCACAGAGGAAGCAGAGGCAGCUUGCUCUACACUGAUCCGUGGGGUGGUCACUGACUGGGAUGCCCUAGAAGUCCUCUGGAAUCACAUCUUCUAUAGCAAAUUGUGUGUGGAGCCCCAAGAAUUAGCUGUUCUGGUGGCUGAUUCACCAGUCUCCCCUCGUACCAAUCGUGAGAAGGUAGUUGAGCUCUUGUUUGAAAAUUUUGGGGUACCUGCCAUGCAAACUGUCCAUCAGGCAUUACUCAGCCUCUAUGCCUAUGGGCGUACCACAGGACUUGUCAUGGGCAGCGGGCAUGGCACUUCCUAUGUGGCUCCCAUUAUCACAGGUGAACUGGCACCCCUGAACCUUUACCGACUGGAUGUGGCUGGGAAAGACCUCUCUGAAUACCUCUCCCAGCUACUUUUGGCUGGUGGGCAGCCACCACCCAAGAUCGAUGUUCUGACCCAUAUGAAGGAAACCUGCUGUUAUGUGACCCUCGACAUGGUCUCUGAACUCUGCCAACUAGAGAGCAAGAACCGGCUUGACUUUGUCCUUCCAGACAAGCAUAUCCUCUCCCUUGGGGCUGAACGGUUCCGCUGCCCUGAGGCCUUGUUCAAGCCUGAUGUCCUGGGCCUCAAUCAGCCCAGUCUACCUGAGCUGGCUCAGAUUAGCAUUAGCCAGCUGGAGCCACACUUGCAAGACCAACUGUUGGCUAACGUGGUUCUGGAAGGUGGGACCACUCUGCUCAAUGGUUUCUCCGAAAGGGUCCAGCAAGAACUAGGGUCCACAGCAAACGUCUUAUCCUUGCCUCACCGUGCCAUGGCUGCCUGGCUAGGAGGUUCCAUCAUGGCCUCCCUUGAUUCCUUCCAGACUCUCUGGUUGAGCAGAGAGGAAUAUCAGGAAGAAGGCCCGUGGGCCAUCUAUAAGUACCACCUGUGAUAGUCAUGGGAGCAUAAAGUUACUGUGGGAGUCAAAGAGGACUCUGGGUCUCUGGGUAUCUCUUAGGGUCAUAGGAUUCCAGUGAGGGGGGGACAGGGCUUCAAGAGGCAUAACGGCAUGACUUUGCUACCAAGUGCUCCAACCAUACCGGACAGAGGAUCUUCUCUUCUUUUCCCUAACUUGCUUGUGAAACAACUCUUCCCAACUCUAUUCCAUUCUCUCCAUCUGGACUCAUCCUUCAAUCCCCACCAGAUGUGAGAGGAAAGAUAGGGUCUUAUCAUCAAACCUGGUAUCUUCAGUCCUUUGGAAAAUUAUGACCCCCCCACCCAACACAUUCCUAGCAGACUGGGUUUCCCCUACAGCUCCUGAUUUGGGGUCACAAAGGGGCUGGUGCCCACAAGAAAUGGAAAUCCGUCUUCUUCCCCCUACAGGACAACUGGCCAGGACCUUUAGGGCCCAAGGAGCUGCUUCUUCUCUGGGAUUUGCCCCGUUGCCCUGGCAAUCAGCACAAUUACCCUUGAUUGCCAGCUUGUUGCUAUGGAGAUUUCAAACACAAAGUAAUAACCCACACAGCAUGCCAAAUGACUCAUAGCUGGGGGGUGGGGACAGAGGGAGAGGAUCCUUCCUUUCUGAUGGCAUGCAGGAUUGUGGGGGAGAUCUCCAAGCUUUUCACCUCUCCAGAUCUAGAGAACAUGGCUACACUUUCAUAACACCCAAGGGCUCCAACCCAGAAUCUAGCCAAUCAGCCAAGGGACCAUGACCUAGCUUCCUUCCUGCAAGUACUUCUGCCAUAGCUCUGUUCAGAACCAUGCAAGACUUCAUUGGCCUUGGAGGCAGUAAAUCACAAAGAAUUCAUGUUAAGGGAUAAGUAGGGAUAAGAAGAAGCCAUGGGAGGAAGAGUGCCUAGGCACAGACCAUCCUCACAGAGUGGACUGCUCCCCAGCCCGUCAGACCCCCUGCCCUCAGUUUUGUUGGACCCCUGGGGAAAAGAGGACGUCUACCUCCUCUUCCUGCUUGCAGGAGGACAGAGGGGAAAUCUCUUUUCUAAGAGACAAGCAGAGAUUGAGCUGAUUAUGCCAAUCCCAGCGAAGAGCUGAGACAAUGCAUCUGUAAACCUGGGCAAGGUUUGAAAAUGGUACCCCCCACCCUGUACAUUAUUGCCCUCCCCCAAUCUGCCACCAUCAGAAGCUUUGAACUUGCAUGAUUAACAUACCUAACCCAAAAUAAAUACGUGCCCUGGAGAGAGGAAUGCUCAGGCAUUAAAAAUAUAUACUUUUAUUAAAUAUCACCUUUGAAAACA